AUGCCUCGCCCCAGAAGACCCGGCGCGCCAGAGCCGAAACGACGAUCCCGUAAGGGCUGCUGGCCGUGCAAAGCCCGAAAGGUGAAAUGUGGAGAGGAGAAGCCGUCGUGCCUCAACUGCCGACGCCAGAAUGAACCAUGUGACUAUAGCAUCAGGUUGAAUUGGGGCGGGAGGACACGGAGAAAAUCUUCUGUAGACUCCCCCAGCUCUCAGUCCAGUAGUCCGCCGGGCCACUAUGCCACCUUCAGUUUCUCGCCAUCGAACCAAUACCAUCAGGAUGCCCCGAGUCCAGUCCAGCCAUACACACCCUUUUCCAUGCGAGACGGAACGACUGUGCCAGAUCAAGCUGCAGGGGACUUGCUAUGGGAUGUCGGACUUGCAGGGGGAAUGGAAAUAGGAACAUCCACAACCAGUCCUAAAGGAUUACAUGAUAUCCUCCAUGAAUCUCCGACUGCCUUUGGCCAGUUAAAUAAUGAAUCCAACUGUACAAAUGGCAAGACCUCUGUAGACAUGGGGGCUACGUCGCAAGAUCAAGAAGCGACCUCCCCAUGGCCAGAUUUGUCCCCCGAAUUAGCCACAUCCUCGUCGAGCGAGACCCUGCUCGCUUUCUCCCCGCCUGUACCCUCAUCGCUGGACACCAUCUCAUACCCAUCGCCUGCAGAUACGAACUCGACUAUCGGUUCAUUCGCGGCUUUUAACUUUUCCUCUGCCACGAUAUCGAGGCCCAUCUCGUUCCUCCGACAUACAUCGGAUCUCCAUCAUUCCCCGCCCGACUCCAAUCACAUGCCCGAAUCUCGUACCGAGUUUUCUAGCUAUUCCUCGUCUACGGAUGUGAUGAGUAUCUAUGCAGACUUCCAGUCACAUGCAUCAUCUUCUGCUCAGAAUGCGGCAUCGCCAGGGUCGGCAGAAGCAAGUUUGCUUUCGUCAGGAUUGGCUCACGAGGCCCCAGCGCUGCAGGCGGGUCCAGCCGUCCAUACGGAGAACUUCUUCAGCAAGAUCAUGAACGAUCCUCUGCAUCCUGAUAGCCAAUCCGAUGGGGUUUAUUCUCGCACAGGAUACGUCUCCCAUGCUGCUGACAGUGCAGGCCAGAGCCUAUCGGAACUGGAGGAUGUUUCCAUGUCGGAAAAGAGAUGGCAAGCUUAUCUGACCAGGGUCACGGACAAUUACGGGUUGGAUUGCGGGCGCCCGGAUCUCGAUCUCAACAAGAACGACGAUCAUUCCGCCAUUGACAUCAACUACGCUUUGGAUUUGAUUAAUUCGGACAGUCGACCUUCCGCUUCGAACUCGGAAGGUUUGCAUACAGAGAAUGCAAAGUACGAUGGAUCUGACUGCAACAAGCGUAGCUACUAUGCAUCGCCGGUACCAAUCAAUAUACCGCGGUAUCUUUCGCCGUUGCCACCGUCACUCGUGAAGACGCCAAUUAACUUGAUGUAUUUCCACCACUUUCUCAACCAUACCGGUCGCAUGCUGGUUCCUCAUGAUUGCGAAAAUAACCCGUUCAUCUCGGUCUUGCCGACCAUGGCAAUUGGCGACUCUAACCUUCUAAACUUGAUGCUGGCAUAUUCCGCUAGUCAUCGGGCGCGGUAUCUGGGCCAUCCGGAGCCCGCAACCCGGAUUGCACACUGGGUGAGCAAUGUUUUUCCCACUCUGCGCUUGGCGCUUGAGGAUCCCCGUGAGAAGGUGACCGACAGUCAUCUUGCGACUGCCAUCAUGCUUCUUUCUCUGAAAAUCAUAUCUCCCAGCACGUUUGAAGUGCCCAUUCCAUGGCAAAGUCACUUGAAGCUUGCUCGGGAUCUGUAUCUGGCACGACAAGAGCAGAUGUCAUACCCUGGAAAUCGUGUCGGCGCAUUUCUCACGCGCUGGCUGGGAUACAUCGAUCUCAUGGGCGCUCUAUCGUGCCGGGAAAGUGGACCACCACUGUCUGCAUAUCAAUCUGUUCUGGCGGUCUGCUCUGAUGCAGGAACACAUGGCGAAUAUUGUGUUGACUGCUUCAGUGGGUUUACGCCCAAGACUGGCUUGUUUCUAAUGCAGCUGGGAAGAUUGACUCAUGAGUGUGACAACGAGCGUUUCGACGAGAACGGAGUCUUUCUUCCUGACUGGGAACCAUCACCAGGUGUUGCCUUUGAAGCCGAAGCCUUGAUAGCGGAUCUUGGCGCUUUGGAAACCUACGCCUAUGCUGAUGCAGCGCACUUCGGUCCGAGCAAGACCGAUUUUCUAGCCACUGACCGGGCCUUUCGCUAUGCAGGGCUGUUGCACCUUCAUCGUCGGGUGCUAAAUGCGUCGCCCUUUUCAGAGGCGGUUACGGGGGCCGAACAGGAGCUCUUCAAGGCAAUAGGCGAUAUCCGGCAGAGUGCGUCUGCAGAGGUCGGGGUUCUGUUCCCGCUGUUCACUGCAGGCUGUGAAGCUCGAGAUGCCGCGCAACGAGCAGAAAUUCAAGAGCGUUUCGAUUUCCUCGAAAAAACAGGAAUGAAACAGAUGCAAAGCGCUCGUACGCUGAUGCAGCGAUGCUGGUCCGAAGACUUGCCGUGGAUCGCAUUGGCUCAGGGCGAGUUUCUAGGGUAG